AUGAUGGCUACAUUGGGUAAAACGGCUUCAUAUACAAUACGGACCUUAUGCUUGGUUCAUUUAGUACAUACCAACUUUUAUGAAUUUUCAGAAACUAGGGGAGAAUCAAUGUUGCCAACACUAAAUGCGACAGGGGAUUUUGUACAUGUAUCAAAAUAUUAUAAGGAUGGUAAAAAAAUUGAAAUAGGUGACUGUAUAGUUGCAUCAAAACCAACUGAUCCUCACCAACGAGUUUGCAAAAGAAUAACAGGAAUGCCUGGCGAUAUAAUCUUGGUCGACCCUAGUAUGGGUAGUAAAUUAAAUGAAUAUUCAACUAUAAUAGCCCAGAGAAUUCAAGAUAGCAAAGAAAACCAUAUAGAUGAUCAGGAAUAUAAAGAAUUGUUAGAUCUUAUGGAUGAAACUUCCACUUCUAAGUUGAGCAACUUCAAUGAAUAUGUUAAAGUUCCACCUGGGCAUGUUUGGUUGACUGGUGAUAAUUUAUCCUGCUCCGUGGAUUCAAGAACAUAUAAUUUUGUUCCUAUGGGUUUAAUUCGGGGCAAAAUUGUUGCCGCUAAUGAUUUCAAUAAAAGCUUCAAUGACAAUUUUUGGGGGUUCAGGUGGAUAAAAAAUAACUAUUUUACGUUAGGGGGAAAAGAAUGA